CAGGCUAAAGCUAAGGGAGCUCCCACGUCGUCCAGCGGCGGCAAAGCCGCGAAGAAGAAGAAGUGGUCCAAGGGAAAGGUCAAGGACAAGGCGCAGCAUGCCGUCAUCCUUGACAAGCCCACUUUCGACCGCAUCAUGAAGGAGGUCCCCACCUUCCGAUUCAUUAGCCAAAGCAUCCUCAUCGAGCGGCUAAAAAUCAAUGGGAGCUUGGCGCGGGUAGCCAUCGCGCAUCUCGAGAAGGAGGGCCUGAUCAAGCGGAUUGUGCACCACAGCGGCCAGUUGAUCUACAGU